CUUGGUAUUUUUAAUAACUCGUCCUGUAUAAAAAUCUGCAACAAUAUACUUUAUAACCAGAUUCCUUUUCACAAUAAUUUUCAUGAAAAUGGGAUAAAACUGAUAAAAGUUUGCAUGCGUCACACAUCACAAUAGUUGAAAAAUGUCAAGAAAAAUGUUUAUUCAAUUGAUGUUGAGAAGUAGAAGCUUCAGUUUCGAGAAACAAGAACCUAGAGCCAACAUGGAAAAGCAAACUUACAAGAACAUAGGUACAGGUACUAAAGCAUCCUCGUCAGGACUACUCAACAGCCUCACUUGAUCAGUAGAAAAUAUAUUACACAAAUCUAUAGGCCUAUGACUAUCCAAUAUAAAAAACACUAUAUCAUCUGCAGCCUCUAGUUCUUCUACAAUGUCUAUAGAUCCACCACAGUUGAGUAGCACAAAGUAUUUUACAUCUUCAUAGUUUUCUGCGUAGGCUUUUUUAAGGUCUUCUCGUCCUUGGAUUAUGGCCAAAGUGUAGAGGAUGUUGCAGUAUUUUAGGAGGGACUGAAGGAUUUUGCACGCACAAAUGCUGUCGAUAUCAUAGUGGACCAUUAAGAAAAUUCUCUGGAAAUUAGGGAAACAUUUGCAAUAAACACUUUACAUAAAAACAGGAGGACCUUAAAGCCUUAAUACAAUAUUUUUGGUUAUUUUUAUGAGAAAAUUUUAGAGUAGGGUGCUAGUACUUACUUUUCCUGCUAAAAACUCAUAAAACUCUUUCUUUAAAUCCAGCACAUACAUGGUAAAACCAAAAAAAACUUAUUUUUUGAACAUCAUAACAUUCUUAACCAAUUAUUUGAGUGAAGGAACUGGACCAUCGCGACCGCGGCCCGCCAAAAACCGUUUGAAGCUGUCUGUCAAGUCAAAAAAGCACAACUGAACUUGUUGCCAGCUCUAUUCAAUUUCAGAUUAUUUCAGAAGUUGCGUUAAAAGUCAAAAAGGGCAAAGUGAUCAGGCAUGAUUAUCAGGAUUAGGAUAUAAUAAAUAUUAAACCAGUACCGAGCAUGAAAUCACUCUCAAAUAAACAAUAGCCUAUACAUUUUUCUCCUAUUUUCUUAUUAAAUUUGAAAAAAAAAUCCCAAACAAUAUUACGCUAAACGUUAUAUGUCUGACACUCCCUAAUAUUCAUUGUCAAAACGACGAAGCCUCCCUAACCAACACAUGCUUUUCUUUGAAGUUAGAGGUUAUGUUUAAUGUUUACAAAAUAAAAUCAUUUUAUUUAAAAAAUAUUUAAACAAUAAAUCAUGUCACGGCCAGAGCAUUUGGCACCCCCUGAGAUCUUUUACAAUGAAGAUGAGGCCAAAAAAUAUACACAAAACUCAAGAAUUAUGGAAAUUCAAGAGCAAAUGUCUGAAAGAGCCAUAGAACUUUUGUUAUUGCCCGAAGACUCUCCCUGCUUUCUUCUAGAUAUUGGUUGUGGCUCCGGGUUGAGUGGAAGUGUUUUAGAGGACAAUGGGCAUUAUUGGGUUGGAAUAGAUAUUUCUACUGCUAUGCUAGAGAUUGCAGUUCAAAGAGAAGUAGAAGGCGAUUUACUAUUAACAGAUAUGGGACAGGGAUGUCCAUUUAAAGCUGGCGCCUUUGAUGGUGCAAUAUCAAUAUCGGCUCUCCAAUGGCUUUGCAAUGCAGACAAAUCUCAUCAUAAACCCGUCCAGAGGCUGUAUAAAUUUUUUAGCACCCUCUAUGCCUGUCUGAGUAGGUCCGCUAGAGCUGUUUUACAAUUUUAUCCAGAAAAUGGGGAGCAAAUGGAACUGGUAACUAGUCAAGCAAUGAAGGCUGGAUUUUAUGGGGGUGUUGUAGUAGAUUAUCCAAAUUCAACAAAAGCCAAGAAGUUUUUUUUGGUUCUAAUGACUGGAGGGAAUGUGCCUUUGCCUCAAGGGUUAGGAACUGAAAGUCAAUCAGGUGGUAUCGAUUAUGCUAGAAGAGAAAGAGUAAAAAAUCAAAGGGGGAAGCCAAUGAAAAAUAGCAAACAGUGGAUUUUAGAUAAAAAAGAAAGGAGGAGAAAGCAAGGGAAAGAAGUGCCACACCAUUCAAAGUUUACCGGAAGGAAACGAAGUGGAAGGUUUUAAUUAUGUAAUAAUAAAAAUUUAAACAGAA